AUGACCCAUUGUGAUGAUCAACCAAAAGAUUUCGACAAGUUCAUCACGUACACUCUGCGGCAGUGCAAAGAUGUGAUGAGUGAUCUGCAUCCCCAACUGAAUUGCAUCUCUCGUUAUCACACGUUUGUGGAGGUGCGAUGCUCGUCUUUCAUGAAAGAAGCGGUUCGAUUGCGACGUCGCGUCGGACCUCACUUCACGCCGGAUCAGGAAACUUGCAGAUACGUUCAUCUAAAUGCUUUAUGUUUGGAGAACGCAGUGCUUUCGCAUUGCCCCGACGCAGAGCGCGUGUUUUCUCGUUUGAACUUUCGUGACUAUUUCCUCAAUUUCAUUGUACCCGGCGAUGACAGUUUAUUCGAUGAUGAGGAUUUAAAUACUUGUCAGGUUUAUGAUUUCGUUGAGCCAAUCUUUCCACACUCCACAUUUGCUCCAACAGCUGAACAGUCGGUUGAUGAACUCUACUCCCCGACAGCGUCAACUAUUGCUCCGUACACGAAAAGUUUCGCCACCGCCACUUUCCUUGAUCACGAGCUGGAGUUAUUGAAAGAAAAAAAUCACGAAGAGAACUCGGUUGAGACGUCCACUUGGGGAUCAACUACGAAACAACGGAAAACGACAACGAAAACGGUCAUUGACCGAAAUAUAGCCGAAAUCGAUCGACAAUUGGAGGAAAUGGAUAGGGAAAUCAAUGGGGAAUCGAAAGAAGAGAACGAAUCGAGUACAACGAAAGCGCAGGAUACACAAAGCGUGACGCUCACAACGAGAAAGAUGACGAGAAGCACGACUCUUUUCCCGACGAUCAAUCCAAGAAUUCACUACACGGCACAGGACUUGAUACGUGGUCGAACCACUCCGCGAAACCGAAAUCGAGGUCGUGGCAAGGGAAAACAGGAAGAGUCAAAGGAAAGAGAAGAUGAGAAAAAAAUCGAGGCAAUUGGGGACAUGAUGAAAGCGCAAAAAGAACGACAAGAUGAGAAAGAAAAGGAAAAAGAUGAAGAAGAUGAGAAAAAAGAGAAGAAGGAAAAAGAGGGAAAUGAGACAAUGAGUACGACGCAGGCAACAACAGUUUCUGGGAAAGAAGUGGUGAUCACUGAGAUUUGGACGGAUGGAACGACCACCGAAAAGCCAGAGCUAAUUCCAAAGACUUCGACUUUGGCUACCAUCCAACCUACUUUGAGAACAACAGGAAGAACAGAGACAACGGGCAGCGAAGUGAUCAUUCCGAGAAACUCUGAUCAAUCAAAAAUCACCACGCAGAGAGCUUCGGGAUUUGUGAAUCUCGAUGAGAUCGAGACAUCGACCCUCUUGUCUCAAUCAACCACGAUUGAUGAUCUCGAUACGGAGCUUGAGACAUCAACCAUUUCUUCUUCUCAAUCAAUUUCCCCGGAUGAUCUCGACGUUGAAUUCAUCAUGAGUCAAGAAAUAGGAAAUGAUGGGAAAACCUUUGAGAAAUCUUUCCAAGAUACAGUUAUUGAGAAACCACAGACUUCUACAGAAGUCAACAUGGAAAAGAUUGUGGUGCUGCCGACUGGAGACGAGGAAAUGGGAACAACGGAGGUGGAGAGAGAGCCAGCUGGCGAGAAAGAAACGACCACGAUUGAGGGAGAUAAGGAACUCGAGGACAUCUCCCGAGAGACUUCAACAGUUUAUAUCCCGGUUUCGGCCGAGACUCGAUCCCAAUACAACACGGAGACAUCGACCACAAAACAAGAAUUCACCAGCUCCGAGAAGGCGACUGAAGGCGUCACCGAGAAUCCGAUCGCGAAAACAACCCGCAAAAAGUUGUUCUCAUCAGACGAAGAUUUCGAGAUCACGCCGCCGAAUUUUCAUUAUUCAACGUAUCGAAUCGGAUUGAUUCCAAAGGAAUAUCAGUGGUGGUAUUAUUCAUCGAAUUUCACAAAUCCAUACAAAGAUGCUACUUCACCGAUGACCACCACACAAAGGUCACCGACUUUCCGACUCUACACGACUAUUGAAACAUUUUUGAAAGACGGUGUGACAACGAGGAGAAUAGUCGUCAAGAAAAAGUUCACGAAUGGACCAAAUGGACGGCAAACCUCGACGCAUCCCUUCGAUUCCACUGAAAUCUUCAUCCCUCCCAAUCACGAUGAUCGAUUUUUGGAGAAAGUGCCCACAACAACGAUUCGAUACAAAGCGAAGAAGAACAAGAAGAAAACCGAAUCUUCACCAACAGCAAACACUCCAUUAUUCCACAUGCAAAAAGUGUUCGUGAAGAAAAUCAGACCGAUGUUCGAGAGGAGUUCCGAGAAUCGAGCCGAAGAAGAAAGUCCCUCGUCUCCAAACUAUGUCGAUCUUCAGGAACAUAGCGCUGACCCGAUUCCCGAUUAUGAAUAUCUACCAGAAGAGAUUCAAUUGGAUGAGGAAGACGUGAAUUUGAACAAUAAAAGAACAACUCCGUCGACGAUGGGAACGAGUGCAGCUACAACAACAACAGCGACAAAAAUUGAGCACGAUUUUGAGAACUAUGACCAAAAAACCGUUGUUAUUGGAAAUGAUGAAGAAACAGCGACAAUAGAACACGAAAAAGCUCAAGAAAAAGCUGCGGUGCGAUUGGGUCCAAUGAUCGAUCCAAAUCGUUUCAAGUCCAGCUCCGACUCCUCGAACGAGCCUCCUUCAUCGGACUCACAAUCGAAACCAAUUGCGGCCAAAGUUUUUGUCAAUGAUCCAGGGUAUGCU